AUGACCGAGAAGAAGACUCCACAGCCCGAUAUGGCUCCUGCAGCACAAGAUGCUGAUGAGAUUGAAGCUGGCAAUGUGCAGGAGCAAAGUGAUGCCGAAGUCAGCAAGUCAUUGGACGAUCGUGUCCUUGACGAGGCAGCCAAAUAUCUCGCGACUACGAAUGACUAUGGUCCAAUGACACCAGAGCAAGAAAAGAAGAUUGUGAAGAAGAUCGAUGCUUGGAUGAUUCCACUGUGUCUCUUCACUGCAACCCUCGGAGCUGUUGAUAAGGUUCAGAUGGGUACCGCGUCCCUGUAUGGCUUCCAAACGGACAACCACAUGAAGUACCAUGCUACCCAGCGCCUGGCUGAAAAUCGUACGGGUAUCGCGAGCAAGACUUGGAAGUGGGAUCAAGUGUGGGAGGCGCUGCUUGAUAUCAAAAUAUGGAUCAUCUUCUUCUUUAAUAUCGUUAUCAAUAUCCCCAACGGCGGUCUUGUCAACUUUGGCUCUAUCAUCAUCAAGGAUCUUGGUUACACCUCACUCGAAGCCAGUUUGCUCACUAUGCCUUUUGGCAUCCUUGCUACAUCAAGUGCAUGGCUCUUCAGCUAUAUUGCUGCCAGAUGGCACAACCGACGGACUCUUGUCGCUUGUUUUGCACUCUUACUUCCAAUUCUCGGGACAGCCCUUGUGUACGGCCUUCCAAGAACAAAUAUCGCUGGACAGAUGGUCGGCCUGUACUUCAUGUACUUCUACUGGCCACCAUACGUCAUUGGCAUAUCACUUCCUCAAGCAAACACUGCUGGCCAGACAAAGAAAGCCAUUUGCUAUAGCUUGGUCCAGAUCGGUUACGCAGCCGGGAAUCUGAUAGGUCCACAGACCUUUAUUGCGAAGCAAGCUCCAAAGUACACUGGGGCUGUUAUUGCUAUGCUUACUAGUUAUUGCGUCUGCAUGCUGUUGAUGUUGUCAUACUGGUUCAUUGCAGCAGCCGAGAACAAGCGGAGAGAUCGAAAGUAUGGCAAGCCCGAAGCUGUCCAUGAGGGCACCGUGGAGGGCUUUGUCGACAUUACGGACAAGAAGCAGCAUGAUUUCCGCUACACUACUUAG